AUGGCUGAAGAACUACAGAUGAUUGCCGUCCAGGCGCAAAACUGCGGAGCUCUUCAUGUGUACGUUCAAGGGAAUCUAGAGGAACGUAAUGGGAAGACCAUAAUCUUAACAUGUCAUGAUGUUGGAACGAACUACAAAACAUUCAUGCGAUUCGUAAAUCAUCCAUCUAUGGCGGAUGUGAAAAACAAGUCGAUCUUCUUACAUGUUUGCGUUCCAGGACAAGAGGAUAACGCAGCUGACUACAUUGGAGAUUUCCCCACAUUGGAUCAAAUUGCGGAGGAUCUGGUACAAGUUCUUGACAAACUUGACGUUAAGCGAAUCCUAGAAGCUAAGAAUAAGUCCUAG